AUGGCAAAUAUCUCGUCGGCGCGAUUCAGGCGAGGUUUCCGAGAGGAGUGGCACCCUCGAUGCGACAGCGCGUCAUAUCGUCCAGGUCAAGGCCAAGACAUAGUCGAGCAACCGGUUUUAAUGGCCUCGUCACCAUCCGACUGUCAUGCACAUGCGUUCUGCAUCAUUUUGCAUGUGCCGAUUUAUUUCCUAACCGAAAUUCAGCCCUUUCUCGACGUAGAGGAUCGUAACCUCUGUUCUGGCCUCGAAAACAGAUUAACCACGCACUCAACUCAUUCCGGUUCGACUCAUCUCGAAAUUCGUUCCAUAUUCCCAGUUGCCUUCUCACGCAAAUAUGCCUCAUUCUCCUGGGUUCUUGUCACUCUGCAGACUGGCUCUGUUUUAGGUUGUCCUCACCAUAAACGUGCCCCUCAUGGCUCUUCCCUCAACCCCCUCAUAUCCGGCACCCCCCUACGUACUGGAAAGCUGGAAGGCUCGAUUAUCGAAAUCACCAUCCACACUACAAGGAUACCAAAAUGCAGCCCCACUGAUCCCAAACCAUCAGUGAAGACUAUCUGCAACGCUGAGACUUGCAAGGGCAAAGCUUCUCGGUAUCUGGGAGCAUGGUGAUGGGCACAAAGCUUAUCGAUACAUUGCUUUCAAAG